GGAACACAGAAGCAGCCUGACGUUCUUUUGUUCUACUGUUGUGAUUGAAGAUGUCCAGAGUUUGAAAGAUUUGCCCUGCUGCCGACGAUCAUCUGUUUCCGAGUUUUUACGACCUACUCAUCGGUUUUAACCGAGACACGGUACCACAGAGAUUCCUGCUGGAGAUGGAGACCGAGAGAGCAGGACAGGGAAGCAGGAGAGGCCAGACACAGAAUGAUGUUGGAACCGCCGAAGAAGAAACAAAAGGGAGGGACGGCUUGGGAUACACACGCAUUAAAACAGAAGCAGCUAGCGACUUGGAUACACCUCUUCACCCUGACCACCAGAGGUCACUCUGCUCUGAAUCUGACACUGAUGACAGUGAGGACUGGAGAGAGACCAGCAACACUCAGUCAGAUUCCAACUCUGUUGAGAAUCCAAACAUUGAUGUCAAAGAGGAGACGGAUGAUGAUGAUCACCAGUCACUGAUCUACUCGAGAUGUGGGAAGAAAUGCACCUCGAAAGCUAAAUUGACACAACUCAAGAAAUCCUGCAGUGGACCUCUGACUUGUUCGCUUUGUGGAAACCAUUUUGAAACAAGAAGGAAACUAUGGUACCACAUGAGAAUUCACAGUGGAGAAAAACCUUUCAUCUGCUCUCAGUGUGGAAAAGGUUUUUCAUGGAAAGGUAAUUUAAAUAAACACAUGAGCGUCCACACUGGAGAAAAACCUUUCAUCUGCUCUCAGUGUGGAAAAUGUUUCCUAGAGAAAGGUACCCUGAAUAAUCACAUGAGAGUUCACACUGGUGAAAAACCUUUCAUCUGCCCCCAAUGUGGUGAAUGUUUUUCACUAGCUGGCACCCUGAUGAGGCACAUGAGAGUUCACACUGGAGAAAAACCUUUCAUCUGCUCCCAGUGUGGAAGAGGUUUUUCAGUGAAUGACAGUCUGAAGAAACACAUGAGAGUUCACACCGGUGAAAAGCCCUUCACCUGCUCUCAGUGUGGAAAACGUUUUUCACAGAAAGGCAGACUAAAGGUUCACAUGACAGUUCACACUGGUGAAAAACCUUAUGUCUGCUCCCUGUGUGGAAAAGGUUUUUCAGUCAAUGGCAGCCUAAAGAAACACAUGAGACUGCACACUGGUGAAAAACCUUUCAUCUGCUCCCAGUGUGGCAAAUGUUGUUCAGAGAGUGGCAAACUAAAGAAUCACAUGAGAGUUCACACAGGUGAAAAACCUUAUAUCUGCUCCCAGUGUGGAAAAGGUUUUUCAGAAAGCGGCAACCUAAAGAAACACAUGAGAGUUCACACUGGUGAAAAACCUUUCGUCUGUGCUCAGUGUGGUAAAUGUUAUACAGACAAUGACAAUUUAAAGAAACACAUGAGAGUUCACACUGGUGAAAAACCUUACGUUUGCUCUCAGUGUGGAAUACGUUUUUCAGUAAGAGGUAACUUGAAGAGACACAUGAGCAUUCACACUGGUGAAAAACCUUUCGUCUGCUCCCAGUGUGGAAAAUGUUUUUUGGAGAAAAGUAACCUGAUGAGGCAUAUGAAGAUUCACUCUGGAGAAAAACCUUUCAUUCCGUGUGUACCCAAAAAUUCUGUUGAUUUUUGUAUACUACCACAAAAUACAUUCUAAAUGAAAUGGGAAGUGAAAUCCACUUUUUAAAAUUAAUCACACAGAACUAAGUAAUACACACUUUAGAUUAAGUAAGUAUCAAUGAAGUAUCAAACGUUCUUUCAGGGCAAAUGAAUCCAAAAAAGCUGCAAAACAGAUCAUGAGCAAUCAGCCUGAUGUCAAUCGGCUGGACUAAUGAUCCGUGUCCACUGUUUGCAAGGAGAAUUGACAUGGUUUGAGUUCCUGUAACUGGUGGAACGAUCUGUUUGUUUGCUUUAGAUAGAGAAACUGAUUUGCAAAAGUAUAUCUGGUUCUCAUUGGACAUUGGAAUCCCAACUGUCAUUUCAAAAUAAAGGCCUUUUGAUAUUUGU